AUGAACAGACGAUUGAUACGAACGCAAGGAAUGGGGCAGAAACAAGGCGUUGAAUCUAGAUGUGAAGGCAAAAGAGGAGGAGAUACUACUAUUGUGUCCGGGCCAUCGCCUUUUGAUGACUUGCCAGGAGAUUGUAUCUCUAACAUAAUCUCUUUUACAACUCCUCGUGAUGCUUGUGUUGUUGCUUCCGCUUCCAAAACAUUCAGAUCUGCUGUCCAACUUGAUAGCGUGUGGGACAAGUUUCUUCCGCCGGAUUAUGCAUCUCUGAUUCCACGAGUACCACGAGUUUUCUCAUCAAAGAAGGAGCUAUAUUUCUCUCUUUGCCAUCAUUUUCUAAUCGAAGAUGGCAAAAAGAGCUUUUGGUUAGAUAAAGCGAGUGGGAAGAAGUGUAUCAUGCUAUCUACGAAAGAACUCGUGAUCACAUGGGGAAACAGUCCUCAACAUUGGAAAUGGAUUUCAACUCCUGAAUCUAGGUUUGAAAAAGUGGCAGUGCUUCUGAAUGUAUGGUGGUUUGAGAUUCGUGGCAAAACCAAUACUCGUCUCCUAUCCCCUGGAACUUGUUACUCGGCUUACAUUGUGUUCAAGACGGUGGAUAAAUGUCCUGGCUUGGCGGAUUUGCCUGUAGAAGUCGGAGUUGGUUUGGUUGGACAAGAUAUUCCUAAACAGCUCAUCUACUUUGAUGGGUACAUGGAUAUGGAUGCUCGCAAAGAAAGGGGAGAAACGAGAGAUGUAAUGAAACCAAACAAGAGGGAAGAUGGGUGGAUGGAAGCGGAGCUUGGGGAUUUCUGCAAUGAAGCUUGUUGUGAUGAAAUUGAGUUGAGUGUAAUUGAGAUUAAGUCUCCUUAUUGGAAGUCUGUAAAACAUGGAGCUGCGACUUGCGAGGAGAGACGUGCGUGCCAAUUAUGCGAACGAGGGUAUUUUCCUCGGCAUUGGUUUCUGUCGGUAAUUAAAAUGAGAGGAGAGAAUAUCGUUUCCGAGUCUUCUUCACCUUUCGAUGGCUUACCGGAGGAUUGCGUCGCUAACAUAAUCUCUCUUACAAGUCCACGAGACGCGUGCGUUGCAGCUUCUGUUUCGAAAACCUUGAGAUCAACGAUCGAGUCCAAUAGCGUAUGGGAAAAGUUUCUUCCACCGGAGUAUUCAUCUCUUAUUCUUGGGUCGCAAGUUUUCACGUUAAAGAAGGAUCUCUAUUUUUCUUUGUGCAAUGACCCUGUUCUAAUCGAAAACGGACAAAAGAGCUUCUGGUUAGAGAAAGCGAGUGGGAAGAGGUGUAUCAUGUUAUCUGCGAGGCAACUCGCAAUCACAUGGGGAAAUAGUCCUCAGUAUUGGCAGUGGAUCUCAAUUCCCGAAGCUAGGUUUGAAGAAGUACCGGAGCUUCUUGAUGUAUGUGCUUUCGAGAUACGUGGUUGGAUGAGUACUCGAAUCUUAUCACCGAGAACUCAUUACACGGCUUACGUUGUGUACAAGACAAGAAACGGAUGUCAUGGAUUCCGAGAUCUGCCCAUACAAGUUGUAAUUGGUUUGGUGGGAGAAAAAGCUACAAAAAAAUUCAUAUGCUUUGAUGAGUCUAGGGAUAGAAUAAAAAGGUGGGGAAGGAGAGAGCUAAUGAGGUCAAAUGAGAGACAAGAUGGAUGGAAAGAAGCAGAGAUUGGGGAAUUCUUCAAUGAAGGAGGAUUAUCAUUGGGUUGUGAUGAAAUUGAGCUGAGUAUUGUUGAUAUCACAUCUCCUUAUUGGAAACGUGGACUGAUCAUUCAAGGAAUUGAAUUCCGGCCUGUGAAAAAUACGGGAUUAUUGAGCGAUAUAAAGUCAACGAUGGAGCAAAACUACGGCGUUGAAUCUAGAGGCGAAGCCGGAGGAGAGAUCGUCAUCUCCCGGCCAAUCCCAUCACCGUUCGAUAACUUUCCAGAGGAUUGCAUCUCCAACAUAAUCUCUUUUACAGGUCCACGAGACGCUUGCGUGGCUGCCACGGUUUCGAAAAGCUUUGAAUCGGCGGUUAAGUCCGAUAUCGUGUGGGAGAAGUUUCUUCCGCGAGAUUAUUCUUAUUUGGUCCCUCAAUGGCAAGAUUUCUCAUCGAAGAAGGAGCUCUAUUUUGCUUUAUGCGACCAACCUGUUCUAUUCGACUAUGGCGGAAAGAGCUUCUGGUUAGAGAAAGCCACUGGGAAGAGGUGUAUCAUGUUAUCAGCAAUGGACCUCUCAAUCUUAGAUGCAGAUGACCCUGAGUAUUGGGAUUGGAUUACAAUUCCUGAAUCUAGGUUUGAAAGUGUUGCAGAGCUUCAACAUACAUAUCGGUUUGAGAUUCGUGGUGGGAUAAAUACUCGAGUCCUAUCACCAAGAACUCGUUAUUCGGUUUACAUUGUGUUCAAGAGAUGGGAUCAAUGUUUUGGCUUUGACAGUAUGCCCAUAGAAGCUAGAGUUGGAUUGGUCGGACAAGAAGCUUCUACAAGAUUCGUAUGUUUUGAUGAUGGAGGGAGGGCAUGGAGGGAUCUAGUGAAACCAGACGAGAGAGAAGAUGGAUGGGUGGAGAUAGGGCUUGGUGAGUUCUUCAACGAAGGAGGAUUAAUGAAUUGUGAUGAAGUUGUGAUGAGUGCUUCAGAGACUAAGGUGCUUAAUUGGAAGCGUGGCUUGAUCGUUCUAGGAAUUGAAAUCCGUCCUUCGAAUGUCCGAAAACCAACCGUAAAAAACAUGCAGCGUGAAGGAAAGACGAGAGACGCACGCGGAAAGAAGGGUAGUUUGAGAUUCGACUUUAAAGAAAGAGUCACAGAACUUUACGAGUCUAUUAUUUAUCAAAAAGUCUUAAGGGCUCUCUCAAAACUCCAGACGCAAGCGAUUGUGAUUCAGAUGAUGCAGGCAACGAUGGUGCAAAAUCACGGCGUUGAAUCUAGAGGCGAAGGCGGCGGAGAGAUCAUCAACAUCUCGGAACCGUCACCGUUCGAUACCUUGCCGGAGGAUUGCAUAUCCAACAUAAUCUCCUUCACAAGUCCACGAGACGCGUGCGUCGCCGCCUCUGUUUCGAAAACCUUUGAAUCGGCGAUCAAGUCUGAUAGUGUAUGGGAGAAGUUUCUGCCGCCGGAGUAUCUAUCUCUGCUUCCUCCGUCGCGAGUUUUCUCGUCCAAGAAGGAGAUCUAUUGCACUCUCUGCGACGAUCCUCGUCUUAUCGAAGAUGGCAAAAAGAGCUUCUGGUUAGAGAAAGCGAGUGGGAAAAGAUGUAUUAUGUUAUCUUCCAAGGAAGUGUGGAUCACAUGGGGAAGUAGUCCUCAAUAUUGGCAAUGGAUUUCAAUUCCUGAAUCUAGGUUUGAAAAAAUAGCAGAGCUACUGAACGUAUGUUGGUUUGAGAUUCGUGCGGGGAUGCAUACUCGUUACUUGUCUCCUAAAACUCGUUACUCGGUUUACAUCGUGUUCAAGACAGAGAACGGAUGUCCUGGAUUAGGUGAUGUUCCUGUGGAAGUUGGAGUUGGAUUGGUCGGACAAGAAUCUAGUCAGAAGCUGAUAUAUUUUGUCGGGCCUAGUGGUCGAAGGAGAGACAGAGAAACGAGAGAUGUGACGAGGCCUGAGGAGAGGGAAGAUGGGUGGAUGGAAGCUGAGCUUGGUGAGUUGUACAAUGAAGCUUGUUGUGAUGAUAUUUCUGUGAGUGUUGUUGAGAUUAAGUCUCCUUAUUGGAAACGUGGCUUGAUCAUUCAAGGAAUCGAGUUCCGACCUACGAAAAACCCUUAAAGCUAUGUCCGGUUGGUUUCUGGUUCGAUGAUUUUCCGGUUUAUAGAUAUGCUUGUUUGCUUCAGUUUUCAUGUCUAAGCAAGUGAUAAAAGGCGUUGUUGUAUUGUAAUGUUGUUUGAAUCUUGUUAGUUUUUGGAUUGUUAUGUUUGUAUUGUUUGGUUUUGAUGUUCAUCAUUCACACAUGAAUAACGGUUUCCGGUUCAAUGAUUUUUCCGGUUCAUGCUUGUUUGCUUCAGUUUAAUGUCUGAGCAAGUGAGAAGCUUUUGUAUGUUAAUGUUUUCGGAUCUUGAAAGUUUGUGGAUUGUAAUGUUUGUGAAUAUGGGUUUUUACUUUUUGAUGUUUAUGUUCAUCACUCAUAUGAGCAAAUUCAAGAAAGAUUUUUUUUUUUUCUUUUAACCUAUCUGCAUUGUUUUUGUACACUUUACUUAGCCAAG